AUGAAUGGUAAAUUAGGAGGUGGUCAUGGCAGGAGGAUCUUGGGGAUUCCAAUUUAUGGGCGAAAGGAGAAAGAUCAUGAAGAACUGGUUCUAUUCAAGGAAUUGCAUAAGCGUGACAAAGAACGCAUCCUCAACCUCCUUCAGCCUGUUUCUGAGGACUUUGAAUCUCAUGCUGCCUUAUCUGCAGGUAGUACCGGAACUUAUCCAUUCUAUAGGAUUCCAUCUGCAAAGAAAGGACCCGGGCUUGAAUUUCUUGCUGAGAAUGGGAAAAAUGAUUAUGACUGGUUAAAAACACCACCAGCAACCCCAUUGUUCCCAUCUCUGGAGAUGGAAGCUGCAACAGCCCCUGAACUUGUCGUUCAAAGGGAGAUACCAAUCACCCAACCUGUUUCACGGUUUGGAGCUGUCAAUUUUGGGGCACCAAAGGCAAGCAAUAUUAAUGGAAGACCAAAAUCUCCACGUCCAACUCUAAAAGUCCCCCAAAGAUCCACCACUCCAAGCCAGAGACCAAGGAUCUUAUCAACUGAUCAUCAAUCUUCGACCAAAGCCACCAUCACAGGAACAUCAAUUAUGACAAACCAAAAACCAGUGACCGAUGUCAUGAGUAAGCGAACAAAUAUGGUAACCAACACAGCAAAAUCCGCCAACCAAAAAGAAAGCAAUAUGGAGAUCAUCCUCACCUCAAACCGGCCUUCCAAAAACACAGCAACUGAUCCUCCAAAAACAAAGCCUAGAAGUAGUAGUAGUACUAGAGGUUUAUCGCCUCUAGUAAGAUCAAGAAUUCCAGCUCAAAUUCCAGACUUUUCUAAUGAGACACCUCCUAAUCUAAGAACAGAUAAUGAUCGUUCAAUCUCAGCUACAAGGGGUCGUCCAGCCAACCCAAUACUUCCAGUUCAGCAAAAAUCAGACCCUCCAGCAAAUCCAAGGAGACAAUCAUGCUCACCAAGCGUAACGAGGGGUCGGAAAGUAGUCCUGGAAUCCAAGCAAGCUGACAGUAGCGAAGGGAAUAAUAAUAUUGUGACUGCUCAAAGAGGAAGAACUACAUUAACAGGAAAUGUCCUGGGAAGUAGGAUGGUAGAUAAGGUAAUGAAUGCCAGAAAAUCAGGAGCUGAAGGAAGAGAAUCAAAGCCAAAAUCUCGAGGUUUCAAUAAUAAGGCUGCAGAUCAAAGCUCUGGCUUUGGAAGGAUGAUGCAGUCCAAGACCACCUCAUUGGAUAUGGCUAUGAAACACGGGGAGAUCAUAAAGCGAGAUUGCUCUAAUUCCAGUCAUCACGGUACUGUUGUUCCGGGAAGAAGAUCCGGCAGAGAGUAG